AGGUACCCCGAUUUCUCGUUCGUUAAGAAAUUUUCGUAGAUUAUUCUUUUGUUCUUUCUUUAGUUUAGUUUUCGUAGCAGACUGACCCGGUGAUCGGAGAAGAAAUUAUUACCGGCGGAAAAUUGUUGCUUUGUCUAUUGAGACAGACUUUUGUAAAGAUGACGGUGGGUGUAGAAUGCGUAUGAAUUUUUGGUGUGAGUGGUGGCAUCGGAUUUUUCUCGUUCAUGUAUUGGUGUGAAUAUUUGGAAGUUAGGGAGGCACCUUUGGAUUAAGGUGCCGUUUCUUUGUUUAGAAUUUUCUUACUGUUAGGCUGCGAAUUUCAAAGCGAAUCCGAGUUUAUUGAGCUCUGAUAAAGAACCAGAACUUCAGAGCGGUGUUUUCAGUCUAGCAUUAUUAGGCGGUACUGAAAUACACAGAGCCAUAGAGCGUAACCUCUCUAGCGAUUGUUUCAACUUCACCAUACCUUUUCCGAUGAAGAUCCAACCUAUUGAUGUUGAUUCUCAAGCAGCAUGGAUGGAACCGGUUGUUCGAACGGAUACGGCCAAACCAGUGAUGAAAUCGCGAUUCAGGAGGCUUUUUGACCGGCAAUUCCCUAGCGUUCUGAAGAUUUCGUCUGGGGAGAAGCAAAUUGGUGGCGAGGCACAGUACAGCAACAAAGAUGGAGGAGGGGCAGAGUUCGACCCGAGCUCGGUUUGCUUGGCGGGGAUGGUGCAGAACUUCAUUGAGCAGGAGAGCACCGAGAAGCAAUCAUCAGCGGCGGCGAAGUUCGGCCGGAAUCGCUGCAAUUGCUUCAACGGCAACAGCAAUGACAGUUCCGACGACGAGCUUGACGUGUUCGCUUGUUUCGGCGGCGAGUCAAUCACUUCCGGAUCGUCCUUCGGCGGUGAUUUCUUUGAUAUACUCAAGACUCUAAUUCCUUGCUCUAGCAUUGCGGAGAGAAACCUCUUAGCAGACACGUCGAAGAUCGUCGAGAAGAACAGCAAAAUUCACAAAAGAAAAGACGAUCUGAAAAUCAUCGUCACUGACUCUCUCUCAACUCUCGGAUACGACUCCUCAAUUUGCAAAUCUAAAUGGGAAAAAUCAUCUUCUUACCCAGCCGGGGAAUACGAAUACAUAGAUGUAAUAGUCGAGGGGGAGAGAUUGUUGAUCGAUAUCGAUUUCCGAUCGGAGUUUGAGAUAGCUCGAUCAACAGGUGCAUACAAGGCGAUCCUGCAAUCCCUGCCAUACAUUUUUGUAGGGAAAUCAGAUCGGCUGGGUCAGAUCGCGUCGAUUGUGUCGGAGGCAGCGAGGCAGAGCCUGAAGAAGAAGGGGAUGCCUUUUCCGCCAUGGAGAAAGGGGGAGUACAUGCGGGCCAAGUGGCUCUCUACCUAUACCAGAACCACUCAGCCCCGAUCAUCCUCCACCCUUGGAGACACCGUUUCCGGGACCGACAACGAGGAAUCUUCCGUCAACACCGACAGCGAUGGGGGUGAGCUGAAACUGAUCUUCGGUGAGGAAGCAGCGCCGCCCGAUUCUAGCGCGGGCGCUUCGUUAUCAUCACACCCGUCGAGAAACUCCAGCGUGGACGAGGGCGAGAAAGAAGUGGCGGUAACCCCUUGGCAGCCACCGGCAGUAAAACCGAAGAGCUUUCAGAGAGGAGCAAAGAUGGUCACCGGAUUAGCCUCUCUUCUCAAGGAUAAACCCUAAAAGAAAUUUUGUAUUACCCUUAUAAAAAAAAUCAUAUAAAUAAUAUAUAAUCGCAAUUAGGAUACUGCUACAAUCUUUCUUCUUUUUUGGGGUUUUCCCCACUCUUUUUUGAUCAUGUAAGGAUGUAAGGUGCAGCAAAUCUAUGAUGUGUUGUAAUUAAAUACAAGCUUAUUUAAAAAUCCGUACAUGCUUAAGAAAAGAAGUGUAAACACCUGAGACUGGAAUCCGAUGAGAUUAUCCGCUGUUUUAAUAGAUAGUUUGUUCAUCGAUUGUCCAAAAA